UUGCCCAACAGGACCUUUGUUCUGGUCUGUGCUUCAGCAAAAACUGGAAAAACCUGUUCGAUUGCUCCCUUUUUUUUUGUUUUGGUCUUCCUCUCCCAUUGGCAGCAGCAGCCUGUACACAUGCAGACAAGGUGGUGCCUGCCUUUCCUGUGGAAAGCUGCCUUACAAAAACUGAGGUGGCUUUUUCCAUUCUCCCAGAGCUUUUCUAGCCUCAUGAAGGCUUUGGUGGCCACUCCAGGAGUUAAACUCGUCUCGUUCUCCGCAAAAUGAGUGUUGGACAUAAUUUUAUUUUUUCUUCAAGCAAAGGGAGGAUGUUUGAACGUGGCUCCGGUCCAGCCUUUUAAAUAACAUUUUGUAGACUCGGGGAGAUCUGCAGAAACCAGCCUUGUUGUGCAAUGUAGCUUUUUUGGAGAGAGAAGCUUGUCUGCUUUACAGCAGCUGUACGAGGUGUAGCGUUAACAUCUGUAAGACAGGACAAACACUGAAGCAGCAAGUUAGUGUAAAAACGUGGACAAGUUGAGAAGAAACUUUUCUUUCCAUCUCCCUUCCUUCUCCUCGUGCUUCGUGCUGCUGUUGGCAGGAGAAUGGGUCAACUGUGUAGCCGAUGCAUGCAGCUGCUGCGGGACUUCGUGGCCUUUGUCCAGAGGAUGUCCUCCAACUUGGUGCACCUUAUCAAGGAAUGCUUGAUCCUGAUAAGCAAAUGCUCCUGCCUAAAACAAAACAGCUCCAAAGCCAGACAGCUGUACAAACCCAUCCUGCAGCCUCAUGAGAGGGUGACAGCGCAGGAGUUUCUGCAGCAUAUUGAAGCAGGUUUUGAAAUGUCACCACUUGGGAAGGAGUCUUUGGAAGCCUUGAGGACCUUAGCCUUUUCAGAAAACCCAGGUUUACAGCAGUCUGCUGCCCUCUAUUACUUGCACAUGAGUCAGCACAUGAGUGUCCCCCUGCCUGUGGAGCAUCUGGAGCCCUUCUAUGCCUUAUUACGCUCUGCUGACCUGGAGGUGCAGCAGAUGUCUUCCUUGUCCCUUGUCAACUUCUUGCUGGAAGGAAAUAUUGACAAAGAAUUAGUUGUCCAAAUGGGUUUACUUGAACCAAUUCUGGAUCUCCUUGAGUCAGAGGAUCCCACUGUCCAGUGUAAUUCCUGUGCCUGCACCAUGACUUUGGCUGUUUCAGAGUCCAACCGAGAGGCUAUUGGUGCUGCUCAAGGAGUCACACCCCUGCUGGCCCUUGCCAAAUCCUAUGAUCCCAGAGUCCAACAAAACGCAGUUGGUGCUAUUCUCAACCUCACCCAGUCAGAGAAAAUCCAACAGGUCCUAUGCAAGGAAGGAGCCCUGCCAGUUCUUGCUUUGCUGCUGGAAUCUCCUGACUCAGAAGUGCAGUAUUACAGCUGUGCUGCCCUGAGCAACCUGGCAGCCAACGCUCGGCACCACGAAGCCAUGCUGAGACCUGGCAGCAGAUUCCUGCUGCGGACACUCAUCUCCCUCCUGUCCUCUUCUGUGGACAAGGUUUCAAGCCAGGCAUGUGUUUGCCUAAGAAAUUUGGCUGCCAGUGCAGACAUCCAGGCUGAGAUGGUUGCUGAGGAUGUCCUGCCCAAGCUGCUCUCUCUCCUGGCAUCCCGCAGCGAGGACGUGCGUCGUGCCUCCAUCGCCCUGCUCUGGAUCCUCUCCCAGCACCCGCACAACCAGGACACCCUGGCCUGUGCUGAGCUGACACAGAGCCUGGGGAUGCUGCUGUCGGCGCAUAAAAGAGACCCCGUGAUUGUGGGCCACGCUGCCUGUAUCAUCAAAAACCUCAGCCUUUCCAAAAACAGACAGAGAAUCAUUGAUAGCCCAUGCAUUGAAGGUCUCCUCCAGACCAUGCUUUCUACUGACGUUCAAGAAGACUCUCUGCAUUGUGUGACAUCUUGCCUUGCUGAGCUGGCCAAGCAAGAAGGAGCCACGUUACGCAUGGUCCAAUGGAUGGACGAGCCCUUGACAAAGUGCCUGGUGAGACUGGCUGGCCACCUAGAACAUGCCGAUGCCUCCUUUCAAGCUGCCUCCAUCAUCCAGCACAUGAUGGGUCACGAAAAAAUGAUGCUUUUGUUGAAGCGCCACAUCAGAGAGGUCCAGGCCUACCUGGAGAACUUCCUCGCCCACCGAGAGCUCCGCUUCCAGCAGCUGGGCCUCUCCACGUUCUGCAGGCUGAGAGAAGAUCCGGAAUUUUCAUCAGCGUUCAGAAAAAGCCAAGUGGCCAAACUCCUUGAGCAAGUCCGUCAAGAAACAGAAGAAACUCAAGAGCUCCUCAGGGCAGCUGUGUGCCACGAAGACAGUUAAUAUUUAAGCCAGAUGGUUUAUAAAAACUUAACAGAUCCAGAGAAGACAACUGUAAUUAAAGUUUUCCUGCUACUUGUGGUUUCGUGGUGCAGAGGAGAUGUUCCGAUAACAAGAGUCGGAGCAGGUGAAAACACAAUCCCUUGAACACUUUGCCCUCAAAUGUGCUUGAGGACUAUGGCUACAUUCUCCUUCCAACAGUCUGGAAAACACCUGCUGUGCUUGGAUAAUCUUCCAUGGUUUGGUUUUGGUUUCCUCAACCCCCUUCUCCAAAAACACAGUGCUGUAUUCACAAGAUUUUCCUGAUUUAACAGACUGAUGCUACCAAAGAGGCAUCUCUCAAGUGCAGGUUACUCCAUGUUCAUCUUUGUUUCUGUUUCAUGUCCCUUAUUUCAGAGCACACUCCAGGGUCUUGCCUUCAAAAAAAUAAUUAACACGUAGAAUAGAGGUAGCAAACCACUAACAGGUUACUACAGGAAGUAACUGUUGCAAGAAAUUAAUAAGAAUCAAGAACAGGACGAGCCUUGAGGAAUUUCAUUUAGAAUCACAGAAUAG